GUCAAAUGCAACUUUUUCAACUACUUGUUUUUCAUGUUAUGUCCCAGGUGGCAAAAGUGAUGCCUAAGGACACCUUCUACUUUUCCAUCUUGAGAAAUCCUGUGGCCAUGAUGGAGUCCAUCUUUAUCUACUACAAGAGCAUCCCAGCCUUUCACAAGACUCACAGCCUGGACAGCUUUUUAGACAGCAGCUGGAGAAACUACAACUCAUCAGCGAAAAACAACCACUACGCUCAUAAUAUCCUGGCUUUCGAUUUUGGCUUUGAUAACAAUGCUGCAGCUGAUACUGACGACCUGGAGGAAAGGGCCAGCAUGGCUAUUUCAGCCAUUGAGCGGGACUUCCACCUUAUUCUUAUUUCUGAAUACUUUGAUGAGUCCAUGAUCUUGCUCAAGCAUGCCCUCUGCUGGUCCCUGGAAGACGUGGUUUCCUUUAAGCUCAAUGGUCGCAGUGAACAAACUCGUCACCCACUUUCACCAAAUACUGCAGAGAAGAUAAAGAGGUGGAAUGCUUUGGACUGGAGGAUAUACCUGCACUUUAACACAACUUUCUGGCACAAGGUGCAUAGUCUCGUUGGGCAAGAGCAGAUAAAGAGGGAAGUAUCUCAGUUGAGAGAGCGACAGGCCAAGCUAGCAAACAGCUGCCUGAAAGAUGGCGGGGCAGUCAACCCGUCCCAGAUUAAAGACGCCGGGCUAAAGCCGUUUCAGUAUGGAGCAGCUGUAAUUCAGGGCUAUAACCUAAACACACACAUAGACAGACAAACCAAAAUAAAAUGUCAAAGACUUAUAACUCCAGAACUGCAGUACACGGACCGUUUAUACACCCAGCAGUUCCCAGAGCUAGCUGCUAAGCAUAGGCAAGAAACAAGGAUGGUUGCUCCACAACGUCAACGCUCAGACAGAACUGGUACGAUGGAAAUGGCCGGGGCCAGGGAAGCUUAUCACAAACAAAUCAUGAGGAGAAAAUUCUCAAAUGUAAAUAACCAAAAGUCGUCCACAAGUGCCCUGUUAACACACAAAGAAGCUAACAACGAAACAAGUAUGCUAUGACUGGUAACUGUGACUAAUAUUCACGGGACAAUGUGCUGUUUGUACUGUGAGGUAUUGAAGUAGUUGUUCCAUCUAACACUCACUUUCUCUAAUGUGUAGUGUCCAUUAUAACCUACAUAAUGAAAGUGUUGAAUUAAAAGAAACAAAAAAUGUUUGGCUCUCCUAAUAGCCCUGCUAAUAGUGAAGAUAAACAUGUAGAGGUUUUCUUAAGGUCGGGGCAAAGGAAUGUUAUAAUGUCAUAAUGUUAUAAAUGUAAAGGGUUCAUCCUGUAUGUUUUGUGGCAAUCAGCCAAAUAUAUAUCUUUUGUAUAAAGGGGAACAUUUUGCCUGAUGGUCGCACCAAACAAAAAUGAAGACUUACACCAAAUGAGCAUGGUUCAUCUUCUGAUUGGGGAUGCACAGCUCCAUUUUUCUCCACUUUUUUCUUUUCCUGAUUCAUAAAGUUUUGCAUAAAAUGUAAAUGUAUUCCAAAGCAAUGGAACUGUAGGAGUACACAUUGCUAUGCCAAUGUUUUAAAAAACAAAUCAAGUGCAUAGCUAUGUUAAUGCUCUUGGGGGGAAUUGUUGGCACUAUUAAUUAUAAAGUGUGGUCUAGACCUACUUUAUCUGUAAAGUGUUCUGAAAUAGAUUCUGUUUUAAAU